GGUUUCCGUAUCUGGACCUUGCCUUCGCCAUCCCCAUAAAAUAAGGAAGUGGAGGUGGAAAAGUUGGGUGUCUGUGGUUAAAUGGGAUGUGCUUUGGGGUUAUUCAGGCCACUCAGCAAUCCUCUGAGCACUUCUGAGACAGCCCAGCUGGGCUUCAGGACAUCAUGUACUUCUGUAGUAACACCCAGGAAAAGCCAAGGAGAAAUGCUUCUCUGCUCUAGCCGAGACCUCCAGUUUCCAGCGGUUUAGGGGUUAUGAAUCAUGCCACGGGGGUUAUAGGUCAUGCCCCAUCAAAUCUUCCAAACACUUGACCACUCAGAGCAUCAGCACUGUGGGCUCUGCCGCAAAAAAUGGUCUGGGGGAUUUCCCAUUUCUGGCCCAGCCUGAGAGUCACUGGACUGUGGUGAGGUGUCUGAGACAGAAAACCGAUCAGGCGCUCUGGGGACUGAGUAUGGCUGGGUCACAUAUUGGGCUCUGGGGUGUCAGACUAAGGGGACAAUAAGAGGUAAGUACAACCUUAGAUGCUUUCCCAGCCAUAUUCUGACCCUUCUUUUAAGAAGAGUGCUUCUGCUUCUUCUCCGUGAAAGCACUUCUUCUGUUUUUCCUUCUAUGCUUUAAUAGAAACCCAGAAAAUAUUUCCAAGGACAGAGGAUCUUUAUCUUGACUGUCUUACACUGUCGCUAUUGGCAGUGGUAUCAAAGACAGGCACAUGUCCUCCCACUCACAGUUUAUAAGAGUAAACACUAGUAUUACCACACCCUGCUGAUCCCUGCCUGGUUGGCCAGGUAAGCUGAAUAAUGUAACAAUAAUCAUAUUUGUUGUUGUUUAGUUACUAAGUUGUGUCCGACUCUUUUGUGACCCCAUGGACUGUAGCCUGCCAGGCUGCUCUGUCCACAGGACUUCCUGGGCAAGAAUACUGGAGUGGGUUACCAUUUCCUUCUCAGAGGAUCUUCCUGAUCCAGGGAUCAAACAUGCAUCUCCUGCAUUGGCAGCGGAUUCUUUACCACUGAGCCACCUGACAUUUACUGAGCGCUUGCUAUUAGCCAGGUAUUAUUCUAAGCAUUUUACAUCUAUUAACUCAUUUAGUCUUUACGAUAAUCCUAUGAGGUAGGAAUCAUCAUUGCAUCCAUUUUAUAGAUGAGGAAACUGGGGUCCAGAGAGUAGCUUACACAUAUCACACAGGAAGUAAGUGGCAGAGCUGCAAUUUGAACCCAGGCAGUUUGGCUUCGGGACCUAUGCUCUGAACCUCAUUGCAAUUGAGGGGAUCUAGGUUCAGAUCUUGCCUCUGUCAAUUACUUACAGGGUGACCUGGGGGAGUUAAUUGAGAAUUUGGCAGCCUCUGGGCCAGUGAAUCACGAGGGCCCUUGGAAUCAGUUCAGCUCACUCACUGACAGUGAACCUCAAGUGAGAGUGAUGUACAUCUGGUGUGAAGAUUAAGAGUUAGGGAACCAGGAAGGGUAACAGGUCAGAAUUAUAACUUCUUGGCAUAUCAGAAAGCAGCAAAACAGAUCCAGUGACUAAAUUGUGUACUUCAAACUGCUUAGUUAUGUACACAUACAGCUUCGUUAUUUUGGUGAUUUGGAUCCUGGUGGGCUAAUUGGGCGUGUGAAUUGCUGAUGACCCACUGCAUAGGAUAGGAUAGGGAAAAAGACAUGGAGGAGGGAGACAAAAAGACAGAGAAGACAACUGGGCUCCCCAGAUCAGUUACAAUUAAGAUGACAUGUCUGGCACACACAUCUUUCCUCCGAGCUCCCUGCCUCAGGCUGACACUGAGACUCAGGACUUUUCAACAAACCUCUAUAGGGAGGGAAGAUCCUUCUUAACUUGGUGCUCUGGCCUCUGCUGAGGAGCUGUGAAGCAUCUGUCUAGCCCUCCCAGACUUCCCGCUUCCUUCUUCUUGGUCAGAGAAGUAACAAGAGGGCAAAACAGGAGACUUUUCUCUUUGAGUGCCAUGGUGGCAUCUUAGGGAACAUCUUGGGGCUGUUUAAAGAUUCAUCUUUUUCCCUCACUCUUUUCUAGGUUUUCUUGAAUGGUUUUUUAACUCAACACCAUCUUGACUGGGACAGGACUCUAGGGGCAGCAGAGCCAGUCUUUGAGAGCUGGCCCUUUAGAGGUCACCUUGUCCAUCCUCUCCUAUUGACCUACAGGAAACUGAAGCUCAGUUUUAAAGAGGAAAAUACUCAGGAUCGCAUCCUGAAUUCAUUUUCUAAUGCUGUAACAAAUCACCACAAAUUUAAUGGCUUCAAAUAUAUUGUAAUACAGUUCUAGCAAUCAUAGGUCUAAUAUGGGUCUCCUUAGAGUAAAUCAAGGCAUCUUCAGCUUGCGUUUCUCUCUGGAGCUUUGAGGGGACUUGGUCCCCUGUUUAUUUGAGUUGUUGGUAGAAUUCAGUUCUGUGGUUGUAAGACCAAGGUCACUGUUUUCUUGCUGGCUGCAAGCUGAGGGACAUUCCCUGCUUCUCAGGCCACUGCAUUCCUUGGUUCAUAGCCCCCUUUCUUCAUUUUCAAAGUAAGCAACAGUAAGUCAGAUCCUUUUCCUAUCAUAUUUCUCCCACUCUUCUGCUUUUCUUUUCACUUUUAAGGAUGCAUGUGAGUAGAUUGGGUUCACCUAGAUAAUCAGGCUAAUCUACCCAUCUCAAAGUCCUUAACUUUAAUCACAUCUGUAAAGUCCCUUUGCCUGUUCUCUUGGCUCCUCCCUCAGAGUCAUGCUUCCUUGUUCAUAGUCAAGGUUUUGAGGACCAGGACUUGGACAUCUCUGUAGGGUCGUCUUUCUGCCUACCAUAUACAGGGAGGCCCACUUUAGGAGAGUGACUUGUUCUGGAUCACACUCUUGGCAGGAGAUUUCCACCACUGUGGUGCACUUGCAGCUCUAUCAAUGACACCCCUCUUCCCCCCAGCCCCCCAACAGUCCACCUCAUGGAGCAUCUCCUUUGUCAGCCCAGCAGCAGCAGGCACUUAGUCAGUGGCAAAUAGAAAUGAUGGAUGGUGGAGGCUUAAACAGGAUACUGUGGAUUUGGGCCUGGGUUUCUCCUCUGCUGGCUCCCUGCUGAUUUCUAAGACUCUGUGAUUGGCUGGGUCAGAUGGUACGUGCAGUCUUGAAUAGCUCUGGCAUGAUUUCUGAUGUCUUUGAAAUAUCUUGGUGUUUUUCCAUUUUUCCAGCCACAGAAGAGCAGAUAGAAACUCAGGCAGGGAACAGUCUUUAUACUGUUAAGAAUUUUGAAGGCGAUAGAAGCCAAUUGGGGUAAAAUGAGAACAGAGUUCUCCCUAGAGACCUGGGGUCAUUGGAGAAAGUCCUCUGGUUUGAUUUGUUUCACAUUUUUGAUACUUGUGUGUCCUGCCCAUUCCUUUCUCUGGCCCCUUUCUUUGGAACAAAGGUCCCUGGUGAAAUGGACUCCUUGCUGAGUUGGUAAAUGCUUGAGGCUAACUAUAACACUUGUUUCCAAGAGCAAAUAUGAGUCUGUGAUGGCCAUUUCACACUGGACUUGUCAUGAGGAAUCCCCUCCCCUUUUAUCAGGCUCCCUGUCCUCUUUAGAGAACAGUGAGAGAAAACUCCAUAUUCUGGGCAGCAACUCCCCAACCCCUACCCCUACAUCAGUGCCCAGCCCCUGAGCACAAGGAAUUGAAACUUGAAUUUGAACCACCAGCCCAAGCAAGUCAGGAAGAGGGAAGUCUAGAGGAUAUUAUUCAGAAAGGCCAGUGCUUGUUCAUCUAGUACAUACAAGGUAAACUGGGAAAGAAAGAGGCCCCAUAAUCCUUUGGGAAUGUACAGAGAUCAAAUCAGAGGGUGUCAUUUCAUUUAAAAGAUAACGUUCUGGGCGCGGCGCGGCAUGGCGGGUGGCGGGCUAGGUGCCAUUGAGCAGACUAGCUAUGGAAGGUAAACCAUUGGUGACAUCCAAACAGAAGACUGCAGUGGUGUGUGGAGUCCCCACUCAGGUGGUCUGCACAGCCUUCAGCAGUCACAUCCUGGUAGUGGUGACCCAGUUGGGGAAGAUGGGUACCCUGGUCUCCCUGGAACCCAGCAGUGUGACUAGUGACAUCAGCAAGCCUGUGCUGACCACGAAAGUCCUCCUCGGGAAGGAUGAGCCUCUUGUCCAUGUCUUUGCAAAGAACCUGGUGGCAUUUGUGUCUCAAGAAGCUGGAAACAGAGCCGUUCUCCUCGCCCUGGCCAUGAAGGAUGAGAACACGGAGGUGGUGAAGGCCCUGAAGGAGGUGAUCCAGACGUGCCAGGUGUGGUGAGCCUGGAGCGGCCACCCCUGCCGUCCCAAGGGACGCAAGGAUCUGAAGGUCCUCCUUGAGUUAGGAGGAGCUCUCUGGCUGUGGCCCUUGAAGCUAGAAGAAGCACAAACUCCUCAGGCUGACCUUGGUUUGGAGGCUGACGUCCCCUGUGGAGUGAGGACAGGAAACGUGUCCUGAGAAGGUUGUGAGUCCUCCUCCCCAGGUCCAGACAGCUUACCUGUGUGAGAAUUGACAGAAUGAGUCAAGGCCCUUAAAUGUUGGGGGAAAUUUUUUUUUUUUAAUUAAAAAUAAAUGCAUAUCCCCAAAUAAAAGAAAAAAAGAUAUAACAUUCUGACUAAGGUCAUUGAACAGGGGUAAGUAUCCUUUCUGGACCUCCCUCACUAAGUUCCAGGAGUUAAGUCAAAUCUAAUGUUCCCCAGCCUGUCCAUAUUUAUUUCUUUGUCAGUCUUAUAUUCAUCGGACACUUACUGUGUGCUAGGGCCUGUGAUGGGUGCUGAGGGAACAGCAGUGAACAAGAGACUUCUCUCUUCUUUGUAUUUGCUUCUUCUCUCUUUGUAUUUGCAUUUGAGUCAGCAAAAAUGGCCAGUAAAAACAAAGAAGCAAACAGGCUAAUCUAAGGCUGUGAAAAGUGUGUGAAGAAAAUAAAACAAGGUAUGAGACAGAGAAUGGCUGGUGGAUGAAGGUGGUAAUUUAAUAGGGUCUGGAAAGGCUUUUUCAAAGAUGUAACGUUUAAAAGUUGAGGUUGUGGUCAUUGAGACACUGCAUGUUGAAGGGAAGAUCUAAGACGAUCUAGUGCAUUCUAGGAAGAGCGAACAGCAAACAAAAAGGUCUUGAAAUGGGACCAGCCCUCGGGAUAUAAGUCACUAGGUAGCCCAGCUACUGGGUGGCCAGUGGGAUCCCUUCCUGGUACUUGAGUUGCCCUCUCUGUCUGGCCUAAAUGCUUCAUUCUUUUCUGACAAUCUCACCAGCUCUUUCUGAGGGUGGAGCCUCAGGAAGAGGUACUAUGGACUAGGCCAUGCAGGUAAACCCCCCUAGUCUGCUGUCCUGUGAACCAUUACCUUGUUGUUCACAUUCUGCAAGAUGCUUCAGGAGAUUCCUCCAGCAUCAGUGACUCAGAGCUGGUCUAGCUGCCUCCUUUGUGGCCUCCAUGUCUAGUGGAAAGGAAACGGCAGCACUGGGUGCUCAGUCAGAGCUAUGGACUAAGUCCACACCUUCAGGAAGUCACCUGCCUCUAUCUGCCUUUUCUCCCACUGUGGCAUAAUUAAGCUUGAAGCAGCAGGAAGUCAUUUCUUUUAUUGCAUUCUUCCUUGCAAAACUCCUUGGUGGUAAAACCGGUUGGAUAGCCAUUGGCAGUCUCUCAAAAGUUAACUGUUAGCCGCAGUUCAGGUGUGGAGAGUGUGCACUUCCAGUGGAAGGUUAAAGAUGGGAAGACAUCAAAGGCUGUUUGUUUAUGAAACUAUCACUGCAGUUUCUUGAUCAGAUACAGAGCAGUCAUGGCACCUAAACUAAGUGGUAGGGGCGACUGAACUUUGCGUGACUUUAGGAGCUGUGGUCGCUAGCUCAGUUUAACAUUUAUGACGCCCUUAGUGGUGGCUCAGACAGUAAACAAUCUGCCUAUAAUGGGGGAGACCUGGGUUCGAUCCCUGGGUCAGGAAGAUCCCCUGGAGGAGGACAUGGCAACCCACUCCAGUAUUCUUGCCUGGAGAACCCCAUGGACAGAGGAGCCUGGCGGGCUACAAUACAUGGGGUUGCAAAGAGUCGGACACGACUGAGCACACACACACUACUGUGUACCAAGGCACUGUCCAGGCAAGUGCUUUGUAUGCAUUAGCUCGCUCAACUUCCAUGGCGGCCCCAUGAAGUUACUAUUAUUAGUUAAUACUACUCCCAUUUUUACAAAUGAAACUGGAACUUUUAAAGGUUAGGUUUCCUGCCAAAGCCACUAGCACUACAUAUUCUCCCGAUAUACCAAGUAACUCAUCAGCUCUGGGCUUUGUUGAUGAUGGUUUUCUACUAAUCCUGCCUUUUCCUCGUUUCUUUCUUUUGAACUCCUACAUAUCUUCAAAGUCCAUGUCAAACCCCCCCCCCGCCUUUUGGGUGAAGUGUUCUAUUUUACAUAGACAAAAACAAAGGCAUGAGAAUUAAUAUUUUUUUGAGCAUCUAUUAAUUUUCCAGGACUCCACACAUAUUAAUCUCCUAUUAUCUUCACAAUAGGAUGUUGCAGUGCAAUGCUUCUAAUGUCCUUAUUUGGAAGAUAAGACAAAGGUUUAGAGAUUUUAAAUAACUAGCCCAAAGUCACAUUUCUAUGGGUGAAAAACAGAAUUCAAAUCAAGUACUCUUUCUGCUUUUUUUCCUGUUUGGAGAUGGCAUACGGUUUGUAGCUUCAGUCCACUUCUCUGCCUUUUAUUGCAAUUUGUGAUUGUAAUUAAUGUCUUUUCCUCCAGAAGAGUGUGAGCUUCUUAAGGAAAAACACCGUGUUUAUCUCCACACCCACUCCCCAGUGUUAAUCACACUGCCAUAAAUGUUUAUUGGAUUAGACUGAAUUGCUACUCUACUAGUUUCAUACUUAGACUGGAAAAAUAGGUCAGAUUAACCAAUGCUGCUGCUGGUUGAUUUAAAAAACAUCAUUAAUAUGGAUUAAGCAUCUAUCAGCUUCUUUAGCAUCUCAGAUGGUAAAUAAUCUGCCUGCAAGGCAGGAGAUUCGGGUUUGAUUCCUGGGUCGGGAAGAUCCCCUGGAGAAGGGAAUGGCAACCCACUCCAGUAUUCUUGCCUGGAAAAUUCCAUGGACAGAGGAACCUAGCAGGCUACAGUCCAUGGGACUGCAAAGAGUCAGACAUGACUGAGCAACUAACACUUUUACUUUCAAGCAUCUAUCAUUUUUGUUGAUAAAGUGAAGUACAGUCCAAGUUAGGGAUGUUACCAAACUCUAGCCAAAGUGGGUGAAUAUUUGCUUAGGCCAGAGAGUCCUUAUGGUCAGGGAUUAUUAAUCAAAGGAUGAACAUUUGUAGAGUGCUUACUGUUUGUCAGAACACUACUAAGUACUAUAUGCGAUUAUCUCAUGUAAUUCUCCUUAACCCUAUAAGGCAGACUAUUGUUUUCCCAUUUUUGUUUUCAGCUGAGUAAAUGGAAUCAUUAGGAAGUUUAAGUAACUUAUUCAAGGCAGGUCAGCUGGAAAGUGGUAAAUUUCUUGGAUUUAAAACAGCCACAUUUAAAUCCAAGCCAACUGGCCUCCUGUCUGGCCUUUUAACACUACUCUGUAGUCUGAGUGUUUCAGAAAUAUUUCCCUGCUGUUUCCAAGUAUUCUCGAUACUUCUAAGAGCUUCCAUCACCUUAUCAGAUUACAGUAGUUUGAGAAUUUGUUGAUUUAAGAAAUGUUUAUUCAGUACCUAUACCACUGAGCAGAGAGGGAAGGCAUUCUGUGAGGAGAACUGUGUUGGGUAAAAUCAGUGCUGGCGAAAAACUGGAAUCCAGGCAAAGUUCAUUCCUCUCCCAGUUUUCAACUUCUAUGCAUGCUGGCUUUCCCCUCCAGUUUGGUGAAAUCUCUCAUUACAAGUAGGAUUCUGGUGUCUCCCUCUCUUCUCUGAUGUUCUUACCCAUGGUGAGGAGUAAAUAAGUUACAAGGUUUAGCCUUACCUUCUUCACUGCGUUGAUUUGUAUUUGGACCUUAAGUCAAAGAGAUGAAAUACAAAGGGUGGAAUUAUAUCCAUGAGUGAUUCUGACAGGACCCUGCUUUGCUUUUUGGGGGUGUGUCUGUGUGUUCCUGGAAAACUUUCUCACUGCCUCACCUUUGAGGAAGUUGCUUAGGAUUCUGAGCCUAAAUUUUCCCCUAGGUAUUUACACAGUAAAAAGGUAUAGUCAAGAAGCCCGUGGAAAACAGUAUGGAGGUUUCUCAGAAAACUAAAAAUAGAAUUACUAUAUGAUUUAGCAGUCCCACUCCUGGGCAUAUAUCUGAACAAAACUUUAAUCCAAAAUGAUACAUGCACCCCUAUGUUCAUAGCAGCACUAUUCACAAUAGCUAAGACAUGGAAACAACCUAAAUUUCCAUUGACAGAUGAGUGGAUAAGAUGUGGUGAGUAAAGUAUGAAAGUCCCUCGGUCAUGUCUGACUCUUUGUGACCCCAUGGACUAUACAGUCCAUGGAAUUCUCCAGGCCAGAAUACUGGAGUGGGUAGCCUUUCCCUUCUCCAGGGUAUCUUCCCAACCCAGGGAUUGAACCCAGGUCUCCCUCAUUGCAGGCAGAUUCUUUACCAGCUGAGCCACAAGGGAAGCCCAAAGAUUUGGUACAUAUAUACAAUGGAAUACUACUCAGCCAUAAAAAAGAAUGAAAUAAUGCCAUUUGCAGCAACAUAGAUGCAACUAGAGAUUAUCAUACUAAGUGAAGUAAUUCAGAAAGAGAAAGACAAAUACCAUAUGAUAUCACUUAUAUGUGAAAUCUAAAGUAUGACACAAAUGAACCUACCUGUGAAACACAGACAGACUACAAACAUAGAGAUCAGACUUGUGGUUGCCAAGGGGAAGGAAGUUGGGGGAGGGAUGGAGUGGGAGGUUGGGGUUAACAGAUGUAAGCUAUUGUGUAUAGAAUGGAUAAACACCAAGGUCCUACUGUGUAGCACAGAGAACUAUAUUCACUAUCCUAUGAUAAACCAUAAUGGAAAAGAAUAUGAGAAAGAAUAUAUAUGUAUAACUUGAAUCACUUUGCUAUACAGCAGGAAUUAACACAACAUUGUAAAUCAACUAUACUUCAAUAAAAAACAACAAAGCCUGGCUGGCUCUCUUUCUUUAUAUUAGUUUAUUCUCUAUCACUGCUUACUCCAACCUGUUGCCCCACUGUCUUCUCCUGACUCCCAUCUGAAAUGGGAUAGUGAUGGAGUUGAAAAAAGAGCGCUGCAAAUCUGGAGGCCUGAGAUAUCCCCUGAGUCCUGCCAUUAAAUUGCUUUGGUGACCUUGGGUAAGUCAUGUCCUUCAUCUGUAAAAUGGAAGGUAGACUAAAGUAGAUAGUCUCUAAAUCCUGUGUAGAUUUCUAGAAUAUCAUUGGUUUGUAGAAGUUCCAUCUCCACAGAACAAACCCAGUAGGAUGUAAUAUUGCUGUAUUAGUUUUCUAUUGCUGCCAUAACAAAUUACCACACUUUAGUGGCUUAACACAUACCUACAUAAUCUUAGUUUCCUUGAGUCAGGAGUCCAAAUACAGUUUAGCUGGGUCCUUACAGAGA